AUGUACUGCAUUUAUUCGCAACGCCAAGAGUGGAAGCAAACCUCCCCCGCCCCCUCUGCGAGAAGAGCACAAACGACAAACAACGGCGAACAACGACUAACAACAACAAGAGAGAAAGAGUUUCGGAGAGAGGGAGAUAUAGAGAAGAGCCAGCGCCGCUUUGCCACCACCGCCUACUCGAAUCCGAACAACACCCCCUAUUCGCAAACACCAUGGCUGAUCCAUACAGUAUCUUGGGUCUCACCGGCCCGGCUGAGCAAGUCGUCCGCCUCAUCGCAAGUCUCAUCGAACGACACAAAGCCUACAAGGAAAACAAGACGCUCUCUACCGAAGUCCUCACUGCCUACACUACCUUGCAGGCAGACAUCACGGAGCUGA